AUGGACGUGGCCAGGGCUCAGCUCGGCCUCCCCCUCCUGCUGCUGCUGCUGCUGCUGCUGCCCCUGGCCCACGGUGCCCCUCUGCGGCCCUCUGCAGCGCUGCCCCCUCGCUGUGACCUGGCUCAGGUGCCCAUCGUGGGGGCACGGGGAGCUGGUGGCGGGGGGAGCGGGGCGUGCCUGGCCCUGGCCGUGCCCGCGGGGGUCCAUGGAGGGUCCUGGCGCGCUCUCCGUGGAGGGGUCGUGCGGUACCGCUGCAGGCCCGGGCUGAGCUGCUGGGCUCGGGCAGAGCGCUGCCUCGGAGGGGGUCUGGAGCGGGACAGAGCCCGCUGUCGUGACCCCAAAGUGCUGGACAGCCCCGAGGAAGUGGGCCCAGGAGUUUCUGGCGUCCCCACCCAGACCGUGGAGGUGGCCGAGGCCAACACGACCCAAGAGGCCACGCAGAAGCGGCGGAUCCGCCUGACCCCGGCGCCGCCUCAACGUGUUCCUGGUGCUCGACGCCUGCGCAGCGUCGGCCGCACUGACUUCCAGGACGCCCGCAACGCCCUCAGCGAGCUGGUGGAGAAGAUCGCCAGCUACGGGGCCAGCCCCCACUACGGGAUCAUCACCUUCGGACGGAGCCCACUCCCAGGCCCCGGGACCAACCUGGCGGGAGCGCUGCGGGCCGUGUACGAGCAGCUGGUGCUGCAGGAGCAGGCCGUGCCAACAUGGGGGUCUCCGGUGCCCGUCGUCCGCCAGAUCCGGGAGCUGCUGAGCAUCGGGAGGGACCCCGGCACGACCGCGAGGAUUACCUGGGUGCCUCCACGGCCCCCUCUGCAGCGCUGCCCCCCUCGCUGUGACCUGGCUCAGGUGCCCAUCGCGUGGGGGCACGGGGAGCUGGUGGCAGGGGGGAGGUGCUGCUCCGUGUGGUGCCCGGAGCCGCUGGAGUUCGAGCAGGGCUGGUUUUGGCCGCGGGGGGGGCGGCACCCCCCGGGCUCGGUCCUGACCUUCGGCUGCUUCGAGGGCUUCGCGCUGCGCGGGCCCUCCCAGCGCGUCUGCGGGGCCGGGGGGCGCUGGGACGGCCCCGACCCCGUCUGCGACGAUGGAUGGCGAGUGGGGGUCCCGGGGUCCCGGGGGCUCAGGGUCUGGAGCGGGACCGAGCCCGCUGUCGCGGUGAGGGGAUGGGGGCACAGGGGGCUCGGGGUCUGGAGCGGGACAGAGCCCCGGUGUCGUGACCCCAAAGUGCUGGACAGCCCCGAGGAAGUGGCCCAGGAGUUUCUGGCGUCCCUCACCCAGACCGUGGAGGUGGCUGAGGCCAACACGACCCAAGAGGCCACGCAGAAGCGGCGGAUCCGCCUGGACCCCGGCGCCGCCCUCAACGUGUUCCUGGUGCUCGACGCCUCGCGCAGCGUCGGCCGCACCGACUUCCAGGACGCCCGCAACGCCCUCAGCGAGCUGGUGGAGAAGAUCGCCAGCUACGGGGCCAGCCCCCACUACGGGAUCAUCACCUUCGGGACGGAGGCGCGGGUGGUCCUGAGCCCCACGGACCCCCAGGGCCAAGGGGACUGGGUCCAGCAGCAGCUCCAGAACCUCAACUUCGAAGCCCACUCCCAGGCCCCCGGGACCAACCUGGCGGGAGCGCUGCGGGCCGUGUACGAGCAGCUGGUGCUGCAGGAGCAGGUGGAGAUGAGGAGGGCUCGACCCCCCGUCACCAACAGCACCCGCCACGUCAUCAUCAUCAUGUCUGACGGCCGUGCCAACAUGGGGGUCUCCGUGCCCGUCGUCCGCCAGAUCCGGGAGCUGCUGAGCAUCGGGAGGGACCGGCACGACCGCGAGGACUACCUGGACGUGUACACGUUCGCCAUCGGGGCCGAGCCCCACACGGACACCCUGAACGAGCUGGCGUCGCACAGCGGGGAGAAGCACACCUUUGUGCUGGAGCUGGCCCAGCUGCAGGAGACCUUCCACCACAUGAUCGACGAGGGCUCGACGCUGCACCUGUGUGGGGUGAGCCAGGACUACCCCACGGCCGAGGACAGGGAGAGGAACCCCUGGGAGGUCACGGUGACCAUCACGCGGCCGGGGCUGGGCCGGGAGCACUGCAAGGGGUCCCUCGUGUCCCCCUACUUCGUGCUGACGGCGGCUCACUGCUUCGACAUCGAGGACCGCGCCGACCAGCUCAGCGUGGACAUCGGUCAGGGGGAGCCCCCAAAAUCGGGCAGGGGGCACCCAAAAUUUUGACCUGGGGGCCCGGCGAGACCGGGGGUCCCCGAGUUCUACGACUACGACGUGGCCCUGGUGCAGCUCAAGCGCGCCGUGACCAGCUCGCCCACCGAGCGCCCCAUCUGCCUCCCCUGCACCGAAGGGGCGUCGCCGCUGCGGCUGCCGGAGAAAAGCACCUGCGAGGACCACCGCCAGCUCCUGCUGCCCCCCAAGGACGUCCCGGCCUAUUUCCUGUCCUACCGCAAAUCCGCGGGGCUCAAGCGCCAGCAGGUGACGCUCAAGCUGGGGCACCAGCGCCACCCGUGCGAGGAGGACGCCCUCCGUGCCGCCCCCUACGCCAACGUGUCGUCGGUGGAGGACGUGGUGACCCCCCGGUUCCUGUGCUCGGGGGGCACCAACCCCCAGGUGGAGCCCAACACCUGCCGCGGCGACUCCGGGGGCCCCGUCAUCAUCAUCUGGGGGAAGCGCCACUUCCAGGUGGGGGUGGUCAGCUGGGGCAUGGCCCCCGUGUGCCAGGACAGCAGCUCCUCGUCGCACACCCGCGACUUCCACGUGAACCUGUUCGAGGUGCUGCCCUGGCUGAGGGACAAGCUCCAGGACGAGGACCUGGGCUUCCUGCCCUGAGCCCUGGGGACACGCCAGGACACGCCAGGACACACCAGGACACGCCGGGACACGCCACGGCCACGCGGCCCCACGGGGGUGGGACGUGGCGGAGGGGGAUCCGAGGGGGCCGUGGGGACGAUUUCAGGGGUCCCUCUGGGUCUGGGGGGUGUCCCCGGGGGUCCCCAU